AUGCAAGUGUUUCGUCAGAUCCUCCAGUCACCGUGUUGGUGGAAAUCUAAAGUUACCUUGCUUUGGUUGAUGAAAGUGCUAGUAUUCUCCAAUCAGUACGUAUUUGCUACUGUGCAAGAAGACAUAGGACAACUUCUGAUGUGCUGCCUUAGCGAAUGCCAAUUAGAAGUCCGUCAAACCGCUGCGAAUACCCUGUCUGGCUUGAUACAAAGCUCUUUUUUCGCAGUAACCCCGGAAUUGUUGGCCGCAUUCAGCGAUCGUGCGAACUCGAAGGAUCCCAUUAUCCGUCACGGUGGCGUUCUUGGGCUGUCAGCUAUUGUACUCGCUGCUCCGUACACGGUGCCAUCGUAUCUUCCUGAUGUCCUGAUGCGAUUGUGUCGAUUUGCGUCAGAGAAACAGCCCAUUAAAGAUACUGUUAAGCGAACGCUGUCAGAAUUCAAGCGAACACAUCAGGAUUCAUGGCGUGAGCAUGAGGCUCAGUUCAAUGAGGAUCAACUAUGCGCGCUGAGAGAUCUUUUUGUUUCACCAAACUACUACGUGUAA